CUCAGUUUCCAAGAAGAAUAGUAGCGGAUUUCUUAUUUGCGAUGAUCUUGAGGCGUCUCAGCAUCUCUGUGUCAUCACAGAUGCGGCAGUUCUCAGCAUUGUAUCUUACUGGAGAUAAGGCUCGUGAGGAAUAUGCCUCUGUGCAUCCUUACAUGGACUUUAGAGGAGUUUUGGGAGAUAAGAAAGCCCUUCAGGACAAUCUUAUGAAGAGGAAGUCAUCAGUGGACAUCAAUAAACUCUAUUCCCAGUGGAAAGAGUACGAAAGUCUUCAAGAGAGAUUACAUUCUCUGGAGGAGAAAAGGACAGAGAUUGCGAACACUUUAAAGCAGCAAUACAAAAACCUUGAGAAGGAAGAAAUUGAGAAACUCAAAGCGGAAGGAAAAAAUGUCAGGAAUUCACUGACAAAAUUGAAAGACAACUCAUAUGGUUUCGAAGAGGAGUUUAUCAACAUAUUCUUGCAAGUUCCCAAUGUGAUUCACCCUCGAGUCAAGGAUGAAGUCUUGCACACGUUUCUGAACAAGGAAAAAUCCUCAGCGCCUGGGAAACUUGCGGAUGACAUCAAUCUCUAUACAACGGGAAAUUUGGCGAGAUUUGAGUUUGUCUUUCCCAACUAUUGCCAGAGAAUUUUCAAGGAGAAAGGAUAUGAGUUCUUUUCCAAUCCUGACUUCGUGAGAUCAGUGAUCGUCGAAGCUGCUGGGGUAGAUAAAAACCGAUUGUUUCAAGUCCUCGAGGAGGAAGACAACAAAAUCAAUCUUCUGCACUUGUCCGGAGGAGGAACAAUGCUGAGUUUCUUAAGUUUCAUUGCAAGACUUACAGUAUUUUCAACUCAAUUGCCUCUCGCCUUUGUUGCUAAUGGGAAAUGCUACACGCCCAAGCAUGAGCAAGGAAAUUCUGUGCAACUCUUCUAUGCAUCUGGCAAUUGUGCUGAAGCUGAAGAAAGAUUUAAUGAGAUAAUGCGUAAUUUGAAGGAAAUUUAUGAGAAAUUGGGGAACCAUUUUCGGAUUAUUAACGUAGUGCCUGAACAUUUGGACAGCUCCGAAAUGAUGAGAGUUUCUCUGCAAAUGCACUCCUCCAGCCGAGAUGCUUACGUUGAAAUUGCAAAUGUGAGUCUUCAUGGUGAUUAUAUUAGCAAGAGAUUGCUGUUCAACUACAAGAUUGGCAAGACAUUCAUGUUCCCUCACAUUGUUACCGCCACUGUAGUCAAUAUCGCGGAGUUGAGGAAGAUUUUGCUGGAACAGCCCGAACCAAAUGUGGAAAACCUUCUAAACUUAUGUAAAGUCAAUAAUUAAAAUACUUUUUCUCUAAA